AUGACGGUGGAGCUGGAGAAUCGAGGCCCCGGGCGUGGAGGCGGUGAAAGGGGUGCUGUCACACUUACAAAGCGCCCGCAGGUGGCUCCCCGAUCCCCGGCCGCCGCGCUGCGGGAGGAGCCAGAAGCGCUACCCGCGGUCCGCAACCCGGGGCGGGCAAUCCGACCCCCUCCCGGGCACCUCCGCACCCCCCUGUCCCCUCCCGGGUCCCACCUGCGCGGCGGAAUCCGCCGACCAAAUCUGCCGGCCACGACCCCGCAGUUCCCGCUGCCUAGCUACCAGGUAUCGGUGCCCGAGAACGAGCCAGCGGGCACCGGGGUCAUCGAGCUGCGCGCGCACGACCCGGACGAGGGCGAGGCGGGGCGCCUGAGCUACCAGAUGGAGGCGCUGUUCGAUGAGCGCUCCAACGGCUACUUUCUCAUCGACCCCGCCACGGGCGCGGUGAGCACGGCCCGCGCACUGGACCGCGAGACCAAGGACACGCACGUGCUCAAGGUGAGCGCGGUGGACCACGGCUCACCGCGGCGCUCGGCCGCCACCUAUCUCACCGUCACGGUCAGCGACACCAACGACCACAGCCCCGUCUUCGAGCAGUCCGAGUACCGUGAGCGCGUGCGUGAGAAUCUGGAGGUGGGCUACGAGGUGCUGACCAUCCGCGCCACCGACGGCGACGCGCCCUCCAACGCCAACAUGCGCUACCGCCUGCUGGAGGGUGCGGGAGGCGUGUUUGAGAUCGACCCGCGCUCGGGCGUGGUGCGCACACGCGCGGCGGUGGACCGGGAGGAGGCGGCCGCCUACCAGCUGCUGGUGGAGGCCAACGACCAGGGCCGCAACCCGGGCCCGCUCAGCGCCACAGCCACCGUGCACAUCGUGGUGGAGGAUGAGAAUGACAACUACCCCCAGUUCAGCGAGAAGCGCUACGUGGUCCAGGUGCCCGAGGACGUGGCCGUCAACACGCCCGUGCUGCGCGUGCAGGCCAGCGAUCGGGACCAGGGGCAGAACGCGGCCAUCCACUACAGCAUCGUCAGCGGCAACCUGAAGGGGCAGUUCUACCUGCAUUCGCUGAGCGGCAGCCUGGAUGUGAUCAACCCGCUGGACUUUGAGGCCAUCAGGGAGUACACGCUUCGCAUCAAGGCCCAGGAUGGGGGCCGGCCUCCGCUCAUCAACUCCUCGGGGCUGGUCUUGGUGCAGGUGCUGGACGUGAACGACAACGCCCCCAUCUUUGUGAGCAGCCCCUUCCAGGCAGCCGUGCUGGAGAACGUGCCUCUGGGCCACUCGGUGCUGCACAUCCAGGCCGUGGACGCGGACGCGGGGGAGAACGCGCGUCUGCGCUACCGCCUGGUGGACACGGCUUCCGCCUCCGCGGGCGGCGGUGCUGGGCCUGGGCCCCAAGACCCCGCGGCGCCCGCGGACUUCCCUUUCCAGAUCCACAACAGCUCUGGCUGGAUCACGGUGUGCGCGGAGCUGGACCGCGAGGAGGUGGAACACUACCGCUUCGGGGUGGAGGCGGUGGACCAUGGCUCCCCGCCCAUGAGCUCCUCCGCCAGCGUGUCCAUCACGGUGCUAGACGUCAACGACAACGACCCGAUGUUCACGCAGCCGGUGUACGAGCUGCGUCUGAACGAGGACGCGGCCGUGGGGAGCAGCGUGCUGACCCUGCGGGCCCGCGACCGGGACGCCAACAGCGUGAUCACCUACCAGCUCACGGGCGGCAACACUCGGAACCGCUUCGCGCUCAGCAGCCAGAGCGGCGGCGGCCUCAUCACCCUGGCGCUGCCGCUGGACUACAAACAGGAGCGGCAGUACGUGCUGGCGGUGGCCGCGUCCGACGGCACGCGCUCGCACACCGCCCAGGUCUUCAUCAACGUCACCGACGCCAACACGCACCGGCCGGUCUUCCAGAGCUCACACUACACGGUGAGCGUCAGCGAGGACCGGCCGGUGGGCACCUCCGUUGCCGUCAUCGGUGCCACCGAUGAGGACACGGGCGAGAAUGCGCGUAUCACCUACGUGCUGGAGGACCCGGUUCCGCAGUUCCGCAUCGACCCGGACACGGGCACCGUCUACACCAUGACCGAGCUGGACUACGAGGACCAGGCCGCCUACACGCUGGCCAUCACCGCUCGGGACAACGGCAUCCCCCAAAAGUCUGACACCACCUCCCUGGAGAUCCUCAUCCUCGACGCCAACGACAACGCACCCCGCUUCCUGCGGGAUUUCUACCAGGGUUCCGUCUUUGAGGACGUGCCACCGUCCACCAGCGUCCUCCAGGUGUCUGCCACGGAUCGGGACUCGGGCCCCAACGGCCGCCUGCUGUACACCUUCCAGGGUGGGGACGAUGGUGACGGCGACUUCUACAUCGAGCCCACGUCCGGCGUGAUCCGAACCCAGCGCCGGCUGGACCGGGAGAACGUGGCCGUGUACAACCUUCGGGCCCUGGCCGUGGACCGGGGGAGCCCAACCCCGCUUAGCGCCUCGGUGGAAGUCCAGGUGAGCGUCUUGGACAUUAACGACAACCCCCCGGUGUUUGAGAGGGACGAGCUGGAGCUGUUCGUGGAGGAGAACAGCCCGGUGGGCUCUGUGGUGGCAAGGAUCCGUGCCAACGACCCCGACGAAGGCCCCAACGCCCAGAUCAUGUAUCAGAUCGUGGAGGGCAACGUGCCCGAGGUCUUCCAGCUGGACCUGCUGAGCGGGGACCUGCGUGCUCUGGUCGAGCUGGACUUCGAGGUCCGGCGGGAGUACGUGCUGGUGGUGCAGGCCACGUCCGCCCCGCUCGUGAGCCGGGCCACCGUGCACAUCCGCCUCCUGGACCAGAAUGACAACCCGCCGGUGCUGCCCGACUUCCACAUCCUCUUCAACAACUACGUCACCAAUAAGUCCAACAGCUUCCCCACCGGCGUGAUCGGCCGCAUCCCAGCCCACGACCCCGACCUCUCCGACAGCCUCAACUACACCUUCUUGCAGGGCAAUGAGCUUCGGCUGCUGCUGUUGGACCCUGCCACCGGCGAGUUGCAGCUGAGCCGGGACCUGGACAACAACCGGCCGCUGGAGGCGCUCAUGGAGGUGUCUGUUUCCGGUGAGUGGCCGGCAGGGCUCCCGCCAGGCCGCCUGGAGGGCCACGAGCCGCGGGGACCUGCCAGGGGCCCGCCCGGCAUGCCGGGGCGCAUUUGGGCAGGGCCCGGGCAGCUCUUUGGGGAUUUGUGGCCUCCAGUUGGAAGUUUCUCCUCUGCUCUUCCGGGCUUUCCACGUGGCCGUUUCUUCCCGUCGGAGGACCUGCAGGAGCAGAUCUACCUGAACCGCACGCUGCUGACGGCCGUGUCCGCCCAGCGCGUGCUGCCCUUCGACGACAACAUCUGCCUGCGGGAGCCCUGCGAGAACUACAUGAAAUGCGUGUCCGUGCUCAAGUUCGACAGCUCGGCGCCCUUCAUCAGCUCCACCACCGUGCUCUUCCGGCCCAUCCACCCCAUCAACGGGCUGCGCUGCCGCUGCCCGCCCGGCUUCACGGGCGACUCCUGCGAGACGGAGAUCGACCUAUGCUACUCCAGCCCCUGCGGCACCCACGGCCGCUGUCGCAGCCGCGAGGGCGGUUACACCUGCGAGUGUCUGCAGGAUUUCACAGGAGAGCACUGCGAGGUGAACUCGCGCUCCGGCCGCUGCGCCAACGGCGUGUGCAAGAACGGGGGCACGUGCGUGAACCUGCUCAUCGGCGGCUUCCACUGCGUGUGCCCCCCCGGCGAGUUCGAGCGACCCUACUGCGAGGUGACCACCAGGAGCUUCCCGCCCCGGUCCUUCGUCACCUUCCGAGGCCUGAGACAGCGUUUCCACUUCACCGUCUCCCUCGCGUUUGCCACCCAAGAGAGGAACGCCCUGCUGCUCUAUAAUGGCCGCUUCAACGAGAAGCACGACUUCAUCGCCCUGGAGAUUGUGGGCGAACAGGUGCAGCUCACCUUCUCAGCAGGUGAGGCUACCACAACGGUGACCCCGCAGGUCCCGGGGGGCGUGAGUGACGGGCGCUGGCACUCGGUGCAGGUGCAAUAUUACAACAAGCCCAACAUCGGCCGCCUGGGCCUGCCCCACGGGCCAUCUGGAGAGAAGGUGGCCGUGGUGACCGUGGACGACUGUGACACGGCCGUGGCUGUGCGCUUUGGCGGCCUCGUCGGGAACUACAGCUGCGCUGCCCAGGGCACACAGAGCGGCUCCAAGAAGUCCCUGGAUCUGACCGGCCCUCUGCUCCUGGGAGGCGUCCCCAACCUGCCCGAAGACUUCCCCGUGCACAACCGGCAGUUUGUGGGCUGCAUGCGGAACCUGUCCGUGGACGGGAAGAACGUGGACAUGGCCAGCUUCAUUGCCAACAACGGCACCAGGGCAGGUUGUGACGCCCAGAGGAACUUCUGUGAUCAGAUGUGGUGUCAGAACGGGGGCACGUGCGUGAGCAGGUGGAACACGUAUGUGUGCGAGUGCCCGCUGCGGUUCGGCGGAAAGAACUGUGAGCAAGUCAUGCCUCACCCCCAGCGCUUCAGCGGGGAGAGCGUCGUGUCCUGGAGCGACCUGGACAUCACCAUCUCCGUGCCCUGGUACCUGGGGCUCAUGUUCCGGACCAGGAAGGAGGACGGCGUGCUGAUGGCAGCCACCGCAGGCAUGGCCUCCAGGCUGCGUCUCCAGAUCCUGAACAACCACGUCCAGUUCGAGGUGUCCCACGGCCCCUCGGACGUGGCAUCCAUGAGGUUGUCCAGGUCACGCGUGACUGACGGGGAGUGGCACCACCUGUUGAUAGAACUGAAGAGCGCCAAGGAAGGCAAAGACAUCAAGUACCUGGCGGUCAUGACCCUGGAUUACGGGAUGGACCAGACGGCUGCGUUCUCUCCUGAGAAGGCCGAGCCCGGCUCGCCCCUCUGUUUGGAGGCCCACGUGUCCUCGGGCUACGCCACCUUCGCCGGCGCCAUGCGCCUGGCCACCGUGAUUCGCUUUUCCUUCAGGACACCAGCCACGAACUGUCGAACGCUGACUCGCUUGACUCGCUUCCGCGGCUGGUCUACCCACCUGGUGCUCGCCAUGCCUGCCCUGGACCCCAUUCUCCUGCCCCCCACGAGAGGGUACUUUGGAAGGAAGUGCGUGGACGUGUGCCACCUGAAUCCCUGCGAGCACGUGUCGGCCUGCGUGCACAGCCCCAGCUCCCCGCGGGGCUACGUGUGCGAGUGUGGAUCCAGCCACUACGGGCAGUACUGCGAGAACAAGAUCGACCUUCCGUGCCCCAAAGGCUGGUGGGGGAACCCCGUGUGUGGACCUUGCCACUGUGCUGUCGGCAAGGGCUUCGAUCCCGACUGCAACAAGACCAACGGACAGUGUCAGUGCAAGGACGUGGUCCGCACGGGCAGUGCCCUCCUGGCCCCGGACACCCAGGCCGCGUGGGAGCAGAUCCAGCGGGGCGAGGCGGGCGCCGUGCAGCUGCUGAAGCGCUUCGAGGCCUACUUCGGGAACGUGGCGCGAAACGUGCGCAGGACCUACCUGAGGCCCUUCGUCGUCGUCACCGCCAACAUGAAGGGCCCCACGGUGAGGCCGGCCGGCCGGAAGGCCGCCCCGCAGACGGCGCCCCCGGGGCCCGGAACCGAGAGGGAGGCCCCGUUCAGGAGGCGCAAGAGGCACCCCGAUGAGCCGGGCCGGUUCGCCGUCGCCCUGGUCAUCAUCUACCGGACCCUGGGGCAGCUCCUGCCCGAGCACUAUGACCCUGACCGCCGCAGCCUCCGCAUCGGCGGGACCGGAGGGUGGUCGGCCAAGGGCUGUGAACUUCUGUCCCGGAACCGGACCCACGUCGUCUGCCAGUGCAGUCACACCACCAGCUUUGCCGUGCUCAUGGAUGUCUCCAGACGAGAGCACGGGGAGGUCCUGCCCCUGAAGAUCGUCACCUACGCUGCCGUGUCCUUGUCCCUGACCGCCCUGCUGGUGGCCUUCGUCCUCCUCACGCUGGUGCGGACUCUGCGCUCCAACCUGCACGGCAUUCACAGGAACCUCAUCGGGGCCUUGUUCUUCUCCCAGCUGGUCUUCGUGAUCGGGAUCACCCAGACCGGAAACCCGUUCCUGUGCACGGUGAUCGCCAUCGUCCUGCACUACGUCUACAUGAGUACCUUCGCCUGGACCUUUGUGGAGAGCCUGCACGUGUACCACAUGCUGACCGAGGUGCGCAACAUCGACGCCGGGCCCAUGAGGUUCUACUACGUCGUGGGCUGGGGCAUCCCGGCCAUCAUCACAGGACUCGCGGUGGGCCUGGACCCCCAGGGCUAUGGAAACCCCGACUUCUGCUGGCUGUCCCUUCGAGACACCCUCAUCUGGAGCUUUGCCGGGCCCAUCGGAACGGUUAUAAUUGUCAACACAGUCAUUUUUGUCCUGUCUGCAAAGGUGGCCUGCCAGAGAAAGCACCGUUAUUACGAAAGGAAAGGAGCCGUCUCCCUGCUGCGCACCGCCUUCCUCCUGCUGCUGCUCACCAGCGCCACCUGGCUGCUGGGGCUGCUGGCCGUGAACAGCGACGCGCUGGCCUUCCACUACCUGUUCGCCGUCUUCAGCUGCUUGCAGGGUCUCUUCGUCCUCCUGUUCCACUGCGUGCUCAACAGGGAGGUCCGGAAGCACCUGAAGGGAGUCCUCGCCGGGAAGAAGCUGCACCCGGAUGACUCGGCCACCACGAGGGCCACCCUACUGACGCGCUCCCUCAACUGCAACCACACCUACAGCGAGGAGCCCAACAUGUUCCGCACGGCCCUGGGCGAAUCCACAGCCUCGCUGGACAGCACCAUCAGGGACGAAGGGGGCCAGAAGCUCAGCGUGUCCUCUGGGCCAGCGCGGGGUGGCCAUGGGGAGCCAGAUUCGUCCUUUGUCCCCAGGAGCACCAAGAAGCCCCACGGCCACGAUUCAGACUCGGAUAGCGAGCUGUCCCUAGAUGAGCAAAGCAGCUCUUACGCCUCCUCACGCUCAUCGGACAGCGAGGACGAUGGGGUGGAGGCCGAGGACAAGUGGAAUUCGGCUCGGGGCCCUGUCCACAGCACCCCCAAAGCGCCGCUGACCGAGAAGAGCCUGAAGUCCCGGCUCCGGGAGAAGCUGGCCGAGUGCGAGCAGAGCCCCGCGCCAUCGCGUUCGUCCUCCCUGGGCUCGAGCGACGGGGCCCGCGCCCCCGACGGCGCCAUCACCGUCAAGAGCCCGCGCCGGGAGCCGGGGCGGGAGCACCUCAACGGGGUGGCCAUGAACGUGCGGGCCGGGAGCGCCCAGGCCGCCGGCUCCGACUCCGAGUGGGGACUUCUGUUCCGCUGCUCCUGUCCCCAGUGGGACCUCGGUGUUCACACGUUCCCGAUUCAGACGGAGGUGUGA